AUGGGCAUCCGCGAUUUCUUCGACGGUCGGUUCUUCGACACGAGGUACAGGACCAAGGUCCACAUCCUCCAGCUCGUCCUCAUGACGGUGGCAAUCAUCCUCACCAUCGCCCGAAUGGCCAUGCCGGUCCCCACGACCCGCGCCAACAUGAUGGCUUUGACCAUGGGUCUCAAGUCGCUCAUCAUCAUCGGCUACCAACUCCUCACCACCCACAAGCAGCGCUUCAAGAAGUGGGCGUCUCUGAAGGCCAACGCCAUCCUCAACACCAUCGAGAUCGUCUUCUGGUUCGUCGCGUUCGGCUUGUUGUGCUCCGCCAACGGAACCUUCUGCACGGGGGCCAGUUGCGCGCUGAGCUGGGUCGUGACGCUCAUCGUCAUGGUUCUGAUCGUGUUGGCCUUCCAGACUUCCGUCGUCUCCAUCAAGGACUACCGCUACUUCAAGAAUUACGGCGUCAACCCCGAGACGGAAUCCCGAGCGGCUUACCCGAAGCCUCAGGUCUGA